AUGUCGAGUCCUCCCGAGUUCCUGCGGUUCACGGGCCACCGGUCAUUCACCAGGCGCCUCACAGUCUCGACGCUGACAGGCCGACCGGUACACAUAUCCAGGAUUCGAAGCGCGUCGCCGACGAACCCGGGCCUCGCGCCCCACGAGGUGUCCUUCCUUCGACUCCUCGAAGCCAUCACCAACGGGAGCUCCAUGCAGAUCUGGUACACCGGCACGACAAUGACCUACCACCCGGGUCUGAUCACUGGCGUCAUUGCCGGCCAAGGCGCCACCGACGGAGACGUCCUCGAGCACAGGAUCCCCGACACCUGCACGCGCGGCGUCACCUACUUCCUCCUCCCGCUGUGCCUCCUGGCCCCCUUCUCCAAGGCCCACAUGAACGUGCGCUUCUCCGGCGCCGGCGUCAUCACGUCCGCCACAGAGACGGGCGACGUCUCCGUCGACACCUUCCGGACGGCCGUGCUCCCUCUCUUCGCGCUCUUCGGCAUCCCGCCCGCCCGCAUCGAGCUGCGAGUCCUGCAGAGGUCGUGCGCCGGGCCGGGCGGCAAGGGCGGCGGCGGAUGCGUCGAGCUCCGCUUCGCGAGCCAGGUGCGGCUGCCCAAGACGUUGCACCUGCACCGCAGCCCGGGGCGAAUAAGGAGGAUACGCGGCGUGGCGUACAGCACGGGAGUGUCGGCCUCGAACAACGCGCGCAUGAUCCACUCUGCUCGCGAGGUUCUCAACCCCCUCGUGGCGGAUGUACACAUUGCGGCGCAAUACGAUCAAGCGCCGCUGGUGCCUACGGGCGACAAGACGGGCGGCAAGCGACGUCUGGGCAUCGGUUUCGGCCUCAGCCUCGUUGCGGAGUCGAGCGCGGUUGGCGUCGUCCAUUCGGCCGACGUGGUGGUUCCCCCGUCGGGCGGCGUGGUUCCAGAGGACAUUGGCCGGAGGUGCGCUCAUCAGUUACUGGAGGCGAUUGCGGAAGGGGGCUGCGCCAGCCGAGUAUCAGCGGGCGCCAUGCUUAUACUCAUGGCUAUGGGCUCAGAAGAUGUCGGCAGGUUGAGAAUGGGAAAGCAGGUUCUGGCCACGGAGGAUAUAGUUUCCCUCGCGCGUGACCUGAGGAUAUUUGGCGCGAGUAGCUGGGGCCUGAGGGACGUGCAAGAUGGCCAAGUCGGGGAUGUUAUUGUCUCGGUCAAGGGAACAGGCGUUGGUAAUGUGGGCAGAAAGAUGGCCUAG